ACAUCGAUAUACUUCGGUCAUUGUAAUAUCGAUGGCUCUCGCAGUUUUGAACCGUUUGCAAGAUUGUGUGUUUUGAUGAAACCGUGACUUAACCUCAUCUCGUGUUUUACACACUUUAUUGUUGUUUUUAACCUCAAUCAUGGCUGACAACGAUCAAGAUGUGGGAGACCGAAAUGACGGCGACAAUCAGAAAAGCGAUAAAAUGUUUACGUUAAAGAAAUGGAAUGCCGUGGCUAUGUGGAGCUGGGACGUUGAGUGUGAUACCUGUGCUAUUUGCAGAGUCCAGGUUAUGGACGCCUGUCUACGUUGCCAAGCUGAAAGCAAGAAGGAAUGGUACGGUCGACAAGACUGUGUAGUCGUGUGGGGCGAAUGCAACCAUUCGUUCCAUUACUGUUGCAUGUCACUUUGGGUCAAGCAGAACAAUCGGUGCCCGCUUUGCCAACAAGAGUGGUCUAUCCAACGAAUGGGGAAGUAAUCCGUCGCCUCUUAUUUUUUUUUUCGAGGUGAAGUUAUCCGGCUGUUGUGACGAAUUCUCGUUAUCGCCAAGAACGUACCCAUCAAAGUCCAGGGUUCACUUUGCUUUUUUCAUGCGAAUAUUAUUGCCAAUGUAUAAUAAUUAUUUCUUAAUAUAUAGGAUUUAUGAUUCUGCGUAUGUAUUUAUCGGCCAAUUUGUCUAAAUAAAAUGUCGAAUUGUACAUUUGA